AUGUUCCGUGAUCUUUUUUUAUGGUUUGUUUUUAUGGAUAUGCCUGAAAUGGCUAAAGUCUUACUUCUUCGUGUUCAAUCUCGUAUUUGUGCUGCUCUUAUCGCUUCAGCUAUAUUUAAAACAUAUUCAAAAUUAUCUCAAACAGUUGAUUUGAAAAGUAAAUUUCGAACACAAUCAUUGGAAUUUGAAACAUAUGCUGCAGCGUUUAUUGAUACAUGUUAUGAAUAUAGUAAACAACGUGCUUGUGAAUUACUUUUACGACAAAUACCACUUUUUGGUAAUGUUACUUGCAUGCAGAUUGCUAUUGCUAGUGGAAGUAAAAUAGUACUUAAAACAGCUUGUUUUGAUCAAACAUUAAAUCAAGUAUGGUAUAAUAAAUUAUGUUUGACUAAUCGUCAAACACCAAAAAGAUUAUCACAAAUUUCUUCGAUUCUUACUUUUGGCUUGGUAGCACCUUGGAUUAUCAGUUAUCGAGAAGAAAACAAAGAAUCAAUGAAUAAUACAAAAGAUGACCGUCUUUCUGAAGAAGGUAUAAACUAUUACGCUGAUGAAAAAAGUCCAAAAGAAAGAAAACGCAUAACUUAUUGGAGACUUUUUCGAUAUUUUCAUGAAAGUCCAUUCAUAAAAAUGUCUUAUCAUUUUAUUAGUUAUGUGUGGUUUUUACUUGUAUUUAGCUAUAUGAUGCUUUACCAUCUUGAUGGUCGCAAUACAUUUACUAUUCCUCAUUGGACUGAAAUUUAUGUGAUUUUUACUGUUACAACUAUGCUUUGUGAAGAAGGUCGAAAAUUUUAUCAUGAAUAUAAUACACGCAUGACUGAACGAUGGGGCGCAACUGGAUCUAGUAUUUUAAGUGGGCUCACCAUUAUAUUUUAUAUUAUGCCUUAUCUUUUGUUCUAUUUGGGUCUUGGUUUUCGAUAUAGUAGUUAUAAUGAAGAUUUACUUUCUACUACAAAAAUUAUUUGGGCACUUGAUCUUGAAUUAUGGUAUCUUCGAUCAAUUACGUUUGUUAUGGCUUCAAAGUUUUUAGGUUCAAAAUUAUUUAUGUUAAAAAAUAUUCUUCGGGAUUUAUUUGCUUUUGUCUAUAUGAUUUUUAUAGCAGUAACUGCUUAUGGGGUUGUAUCUCGAGCAUUGCUUCUUUAUAAAGAAGUACCAUUUACAGGUCGCGGUAUUUUUAAUCAAAUUUUUUAUGAACCAUAUUGGCUUAUUUAUGGAGAAGUGUCGGAUAAAGACUUACUUGAUAAUGCAUGGAUUCUUACUGCCGGCAUCAAUAAUGGUGUAUCAAAAUUGGUCGGCGAAGGUAUUUCACAUUAUCGUCUCUUGCAAGAAUAUCCGAAUAAAGUGAAAUGUAUUGGAAUGACUAUGUGGGGUACAAUAAAUGAAAAUACACGUCUUGAAUUUAAAAAUGCAUCGAAUGGAUUUCCAAAACCACUAUGUGAACGACAGAUUCCAGACAAUGUCCAAGAAUAUAAAGAAACAAUCGAACGGAAUCACACACACUGCAUUUUAUUCGAUAGUGGUAGACUAAAUGAAUAUCUCACUGAUACUCAGCGUGAUCAAUUUGUUACAGAAGCAUGUAAACAUAAAGAUAAUGAUCAUUCAUGUUAUGCCGUAACAAUUAUCGUCGAAGGAGGUUUAGGUACUCUUGAAGUUGUUGAAAAUGAUAUUAACGAAAAACGACCAAUUGUUCUGAUUCAAGUUCGUAUUACAAAACUCUCAGUCAUAUUCAUUAAUCACUCAACAUUUAUUGAAUAUUUUUUAAUAACUGGUUUUGAUCCAUUAACUUUAGUUGAGGAAGAUAAUAUCUCUAGUUAUCAAACAUUUAUUUCAGACUUAUAUGUCGAUACUUAUGAUGCAAUGAGUAAGAGUCAUAGAAAUCGUAUAGAAACAUUAUUUGGUGAAUUACCUCUUAAAUCAAUACAAGAACUUAAUUAUAAGUUAAAUAAAUUUGUGGGUCCUUUUUUUGGAUCGAUUUAUUCCCCUAUAGAUGAUAGUUUUGUCAGCCGUAUUAAAAUUGAUUUGAGCAAUCAUGUAUUUACUUGUUGUAAAUUGCAUGAAUAUGUUGAAGAUAAUCAUGACUCAAAAGGUAAUCAUGAUAAUGGAAAAAAUAAUCAAACAAACAACAAAUAUACAAAGCAUCACAUGUUGCGAGAUCUUUUUCUAUGGUCUGUUUUUAUGGAUAUGCCUGAAAUGGCUAAAGUGUUACUUCUUCAUGUGCAAUCUCGUAUUUGUGCUGCUCUUAUCGCUACAACCAUAUUUAAAAAAUAUUCAAAUUCGUCUGAUACAGUUGAUUUGAAAAGUAAAUUUCUAACACAAUCAUUGGAAUUUGAAACAUAUGCCGCAAUAUUGAUUGAUAAAUGUUAUGAACACAAUGAAAAACGUGCUUGUGAAUUACUUUUACGACAAAUACCACUUUUUGGUAAUGUUACAUGCAUGCAGGUUAAUCAAAUUAAGUAUUAA